UAUGAUAUCACCGUAGGAUCGAAAUAAUACUCUCAUUGAAUCAUGGGGAAGUGGGGGUAUCCCUAAGAAAUCCGAGCGGGCGAUUCUUACUCAGAGCAAACCACAAACAGCCUGAACUUCUUUUUAAAAAAAUAUAUUGAAGGUUUGAUCUUGGAAUAGUGGCCAAUUUCUAGAAACCAUAAGUUGUCUUUAUGUCGUUUGUAGAUGGAGUCAACAGUUGGUUCUCGGCCGGUUCUUAUUGGGAUGGUCUAGGUCCAACAAACGUUUUUCAACCAGAUGACAGUGCUGCAUUUGUGAGUCAGUACGAGGAAAUCGAAUUGGCAUCCGACAAUUUGAUGAAGAAUGGCAUGUUGGCCUCACGAGCUCGGAAAGGCAGCUUUGCAGGGACGAAUGACCCUUUCUCCACCGCAUCACUUAAUGAGGCUUUAAGUAGCAGUAUACCAAUGAAUCACGGAGUAGGUGGUAGUUUAUUACGCAAUGCGCUUUCCAGCACCCCUAAUGGAGCCUCGAAUAUGCUUGGGACUUCGCCUGCUGAGCCUAGCACGAUUGUUGGUUCCGCCAAUCAUUCCUCCGGCUUUGGUACCUCGUUUCCAGGUAGCACUUCUUUGGGAGGAACUACGGCAUCGUCGCUUCUACACCCUCGUCGAUCGGUUACGUCGCUGCUGUCAAGUAGUGCCCAUCAUAACCCAUUUUCGUCGUUUACAGAUUUGGCCGCUCCUGGAAGAUCUUCGUUUUCUUCGUCGACGGUAGGUGGAAAUAGUCUUCCUAACUUUGGUCUUUCUAGUAUGCCUCCUCCUUCGGCGUUACGGACGGCGAAGCAGCCUCCGGCAUUUUCAUUGUUAGAAACCACUUCGAAUAGCUAUAACCCGUCUUCCUCUUUUAUGGAUUCGGUGAAUGUGGAUUCGUUACCCGUUCCAACGGCACGCCGUCGUCCAUCUUCCAUAGCGCCCAUUGGAACGCGUCCUGCGAAGAGGGACCUUAAUAUUCCAUCCAGCAACGGCUCUGCUUCGACGGAUAGCACGCUUCGUCCACCGAAUCCCCCUCUUACCAACGGGAAUGCUCCUCCUAUUGCCGCUGUGAACAAGGUCUCUGCUGUCGCAGCCUCUCCUCAAACGACUGGUUCGUCUGUUUCUUCCUCUCUUCCUACACUAAGUUUGGACUUCAAGCAAGAGUACAGCGGAAAUAAUCAAGACAUGUCUGGCUUGUCUUCCUCGUUGUCGAAGUCACAUCAUCCCUCCAUUGCAUUGGGCUCUCAAAUUUGGUCCUCUCCUCCUGCUAGCUCUGUUGGUGGCGUUAAUGUUUGGUAAACAAGCAGUUGCAAUGAACGUAGCGGUUAUUUUCUUAAAAAUUUUUGGGGAACUAAAUUUUUAUUGACUAUAACGAACUCUGGAAAGGGCAGUAGUAUUCAUGCUGGCUUUCGAAAGAAUGCAAACACUUCUUUGUUUCCUUUUUCUAAUAACGUGAAAGAAUCGUUUUUGAAUCUUUGUUACUACUGUGAUAGUGAAUCUUUCUUUCCGCUUUGCAUAAACUGGUUUUUUCGCAUAGGAUAAAAUUUUUUGAAUCCUUAAUAUCUGAUUAUCUCAAUUGAUAUAAAAAUAGGCUGUGGGUGAUUGAGAAUGGUUCUAUAGGUUCUUGGAUCAGUUAAAAUGUUGUGGGAAUUUUUUUUUCUGCUCUUAUUAUAACAUACAUAUAUAUUGAAAAGAGAGAAAGAGAAAGAAAAAUAAUAAAAAAAAAAACAGACAUGGAAAUAGAUUAUGGUGUUUUAAUAGGACUUUAGUCGUUUUUUAUCUUUCUUUCAUGGCAGGUCUUGACAGGAAAGGAAGAAAUGGGACAAAAAGAAAAAGAGUUAGAUUGCUGUUUGCUUUGGAAAAAAAACGCUAGGACAUGGUUUUCUUCGAAAUUGUUUUUACUUUUCAGGAGCGUCCGAGUUGCACAUAGGAAAAUACGAUUGUUUAUUAAUAUGCACUUAAUAAUAUAGAAAUAGUAAUCUGAAAUUUUUUUUGCUUUUAUUUUCUUUUUCAGAGUAAUUAUG